GGGCUUCUGCUCUGUCCCUAUAUUCCUAUGUCUAUGGUUGAGUGUCGUGAACGCACCCAAAGAGUGUGUAGUGUAGUACAAUAGCAAGUUGUGUUCGGUUGGUUUUAAAGGUUGAAUUUCAAUCGUUGGAGAAGAUGGGAGGUCACGAACAUGCUCAUGAGCCUCCAUAUAAAAUACCGAAUCCUGAUAUUUACAAAGUAGAAGAUGUCCCAGAAUUAAAACAUCUUCAGGAAGAGCUAGCAAAGAGAGGACUGAAGGAUCCAUGGCUGAGAAAUUAUGUAUGGCGUUAUCAAUCAACUAAAAAAGUUUUACCACGUGCAGUAGUAACUCUAACCAGAGGCAUGAAAUAUGGCGUACCAGCAUUUCUGAUCACCAUAGCUGUUGAACAAUACUUUGGGAUCGAUUAUUCUGGUCAUUCCCAUCACAAAGAUAAUCAUGGGGAUAAUCAUCAUUAAUAUUCAGCUUAGAGUUGAGACAAAUUAUUGAGAUAAAAUUUACAUAUCUGUAUAAGAUCAACUUAGGGAUUAAUAAGCGCUAGUUACACAAGAAAUAUUGCUUGAAAUACUAGUUGUAAUUAUUUACAAUCUUUUCACAUUAAAAAUCUCUUAUCCAACAAUGACUUGUUGCAAAGAUUCCUCUUAAUAUUACAUCUAAUGAUUAUUAAAAAUAAUUGUGAUACAAUGACUGUUGUUAUACAGGCAAGUACGUAUGUGCCGUAUAAUGCCAGAAAGAACGCAAAUAUAGUGAUUUCAAAUGUC